GCGCCCAGUCGCUUUGCCGACUACUUUGUCAUCUGCGGGCUGGACACCGAGACCGGGCUGGAGCCGGACGAGCUGUCGGCAUUAUGCCAGUACAUUCAGGCUUCUAAAGCCAGGGAUGGUGCCAGCCCUUUCAUUUCCAGUACGACUGAAGGAGAAAAUUUUGAGCAGACACCAUUGAGACGAACAUUCAAGUCUAAGGUCCUUGCCCGUUAUCCCGAGAAUGUAGAAUGGAAUCCAUUUGACCAAGAUGCAGUGGGAAUGCUCUGUAUGCCCAAAGGGCUGGCAUUCAAGACCCAGGCUGAUCCUAGGGAGCCCCAGUUCCAUGCCUUUAUUAUCACAAGGGAGGAUGGCUCUCGGACAUUUGGGUUUGCCCUCACAUUUUAUGAAGAGGUGGCAAGCAAGCAAAUCUGCAGUGCCAUGCAGACCCUCUACCACAUGCACAAUGCUGAAUAUGAUGUCUUUCAUACCCCCCUUACUGAUGGCCGGGACCAGAGUAGCAUGGAAGAUGGUGAAGGAACUCCUGGGACCAAGCUGCAGCGCUUCAAUUCAUACGACAUCAGCCGGGACACUCUCUACGUCUCUAAGUGCAUCUGCCUCAUCACACCCAUGUCCUUCAUGAAGGCUUGUCGGAGUGUGUUGGAGCAGCUCCACCAGGCUGUCACUUCACCUCAGCCCCCACCUCUACCCCUUGAGAGCUACAUAUACAAUGUGCUUUACGAGGUGCCACUUCCACCACCUGGUCGGUCCUUGAAGUUUUCCGGGGUCUAUGGGCCAAUAAUCUGCCAGAGACCAAGUACCAAUGAGCUUCCACUAUUUGACUUUCCUGUCAGAGAGGUCUUUGAACUGCUUGGUGUGGAGAAUGUGUUUCAGCUUUUCACUUGUGCCCUUCUGGAGUUUCAAAUCUUGCUCUACUCGCAGCAUUACCAGAGACUGAUGACUGUGGCAGAGACGAUUACAGCGCUCAUGUUUCCUUUCCAGUGGCAGCAUGUCUAUGUCCCUAUUCUCCCAGCUUCUCUCCUGCAUUUCUUAGAUGCGCCUGUUCCCUACCUGAUGGGCUUACACUCUAAUGGACUGGAUGACCGGUCAAAGCUGGAGUUGCCUCAAGAGGCUAACCUCUGCUUUGUGGAUGUUGACAACCACUUCAUUGAGCUGCCAGAGGAUCUGCCUCAGUUUCCCAACAAAUUGGAAUUUGUCCAGGAGGUCUCUGAGAUUCUCAUGGCAUUUGGCAUUCCCCCUGAAGGAAACCUUCACUGCAGUGAGAGUGCCUCCAAACUGAAGAGGCUCCGGGCCUCUGAGCUCGUCUCUGACAAGAGGAAUGGGAACAUUGCCAGCUCUCCUUUGCAUUCCUAUGAGCUCCUCAAGGAGAAUGAAACUAUUGCCCGGCUCCAAGCCUUGGUCAAGCGGACUGGGGUGAGCCUGGAAAAGUUGGAAGUGCGUGAAGACCCCAGUAGCAAUAAGGAUCUAAAAGUUCAAUGUGAUGAAGAAGAACUCAGGAUUUACCAGCUAAACAUUCAGAUCCGGGAAGUUUUUGCAAAUCGUUUUACUCAGAUGUUUGCAGAUUAUGAAGUAUUUGUCAUUCAGCCCAGCCAGGAUAAGGAGUCCUGGUUUACCAACAGGGAGCAGAUGCAAAACUUUGAUAAAGCAUCUUUUCUGUCAGAUCAGCCCGAGCCCUACCUGCCCUUCCUCUCAAGAUUCCUGGAGACACAGAUGUUUGCUUCUUUCAUUGAUAACAAGAUCAUGUGCCAUGAUGAUGAUGAUAAAGACCCCGUACUCCGGGUAUUUGAUUCCCGAGUAGACAAGAUCAGACUGCUGAAUGUGCGCACGCCUACCCUCCGCACCUCUAUGUAUCAGAAGUGUACCACCGUCGAUGAAGCAGAGAAGGCAAUUGAGCUGCGCCUGGCAAAAAUUGAUCAUACUGCAGUUCAUCCACAUUUACUUGACAUGAAGAUUGGACAAGGGAAGUAUGAGCCGGGCUUUUUCCCUAAGCUCCAGUUUGAUGUACUUUCUACGGGGCCAGCCAGCAACAAGUGGACAAAAAGGAAUGCCCCUGCCCAGUGGAGGCGGAAAGACCGGCAGAAGCAGCAUACAGAACACCUGCGUUUAGAUAAUGACCAAAGAGAGAAGUACAUCCAGGAAGCCAGGAAUAUGGGCAGCACUAUCCGCCAGCCCAAACUAUCCAACCUGUCUCCGUCAGUCAUUGCUCAGACCAACUGGAAGUUUGUAGAGGGUCUGCUGAAGGAAUGCCGCAACAAGACCAAGAGGAUGCUGGUGGAAAAGAUGGGCCGUGAGGCUGUGGAGCUCGGGCAUGGGGAAGCAAGCAUCACUGGUGUGGAAGAGAACACUCUGAUUGCCAGCCUCUGUGACCUCCUGGAGAGAAUCUGGAGUCACGGGCUUCAGGUGAAGCAGGGGAAAUCAGCCUUGUGGUCUCACCUGUUACAUUAUCAGGAAAACCGGCAGAGAAAACUCACAUCAGGAAGCCUCAGUACCUCAGGAAUACUUCUUGAUUCAGAACGGAGGAAGUCUGAUGCCAACUCAGUCAUGUCUCCCCUGAGGAUCUCCUUGAUUCAGGAUAUGAGGCACAUCCAGAACAUUGGGGAAAUCAAGACUGAUGUAGGGAAGGCCAGAGCAUGGGUGCGACUCUCCAUGGAAAAAAAGCUACUUUCCAGACACCUGAAACAGCUUCUCUCAGAGCAUGAACUCACCAAAAAGUUGUACAAGCGCUAUGCCUUCCUGCGCUGCGACGACGAGAAGGAGCAGUUCCUCUAUCACUUGCUCUCUUUUAAUGCUGUCGAUUACUUCUGCUUCACCAAUGUCUUCACAACGAUCUUGAUACCAUACCACAUUCUCAUCGUACCAAGCAAGAAGCUGGGGGGCUCCAUGUUCACGGCCAACCCAUGGAUCUGUAUCGCAGGAGAGCUGGGUGAAACACAGGUCCUGCAGAUUCCCAGGAAUGUGCUAGAGAUGACCUUUGAGUGCCAGAAUUUGGGGAAGCUCACUACUGUCCAGAUUGGCCAUGACAACUCUGGGCUGUAUGCCAAAUGGCUUGUGGAGUAUGUGAUGGUCAGAAAUGAGAUCACAGGACAUAGCUAUAAGUUCCCAUGUGGCCGGUGGCUAGGGAAGGGCAUGGAUGAUGGAAGCCUGGAGCGGGUCCUAGUUGGGGAGCUGCUCACAUCCCUGCCGGAGGUGGAUGAGCGGCCAUGUCGGACCCCACCACUGCAGCAGUCCCCCAGCGUCAUCCGGAGGCUGGUCACCAUCUCGCCCAACAACAAGCCCAAGCUGAACACCGGGCAGAUCCAGGAAUCCAUCGGGGAGGCAGUCAACGGCAUUGUGAAGCACUUCCAUAAGCCCGAGAAAGAGCGAGGCAGUCUGACGCUGUUGCUUUGUGGAGAGUGUGGGCUUGUCUCAGCACUGGAACAGGCUUUCCAGCAUGGAUUUAAGUCACCCCGGCUCUUCAAGAAUGUUUUCAUUUGGGAUUUCCUGGAAAAAGCACAAACCUAUUAUGAGACAUUGGAGCAGAAUGAGGUAGUCCCUGAGGAAAACUGGCAUACAAGAGCUCGGAACUUCUGCCGAUUUGUCACUGCAAUCAACAACACUCCUCGAAACAUCGGCAAGGACGGCAAGUUUCAGAUGCUGGUGUGCUUGGGAGCCAGGGAUCACCUGUUGCACCACUGGAUCGCUCUGCUGGCCGAUUGCCCCAUCACUGCACACAUGUAUGAGGACGUGGCGCUCAUCAAAGACCACACACUGGUCAACUCUUUGAUCCGUGUCCUGCAGACGUUGCAGGAGUUCAACAUCACGCUAGAGACAUCCCUCGUCAAGGGCAUCGACAUCUGACCUCCCGCACCAGCCAGCAGCAAGAGCAGGAAAGAUGCCUGCAGCUCUGCCCUUCUUCCCAAAGGGACCCACGCAAGUUGUGCAGAGCAUGGAGAGGGGGAGUUGUACACUCACUGUAAAAAGAAAACUAGAGGAUUUUUGGAAAAAAAUAAUCUAUUUUAGAGUUUAUUUGCUGAUUUGCUUUUUACACACUUUCAUGUGAAAGAGUGAUAGUGAGAGGGAGCGAGGUUGGUGCCGCUUAUUUUGAAGCUGGUGCCUCCUUCGCGUGGCCACACACGGCGCCGUGGCCUCCUGGACUGAGCCCGCUUGGGCGGCUCCGCCUCCUUGCCCCGCCGUGUUGAUGAGGCCAUUCCACAUCGUUUUUAACUAAUGUUUUCUAUAUUAACAUUAUUACGGAUGUUUGGCUCUCAUGGGCCACACACAGGUGUGCUGAGCAGGAAGCCCGCGCUCCGGCCAAGGGGUUUUAGUAGUGCCUCUAAGCAAGCGCUAGGAGCCAGCCCCAUGUCAUGUUUUUGGGUUUUUGUUUUGGUUUUCUUGGUCAGUAUUAUUUGGGAAGGAGACAUGCUGAGAUGUGUCACACACUGUCGCCAUGCAGAGAGGCACGUCUCCUCUUGGCACACAGUUGCACAGAAGUAAACAUAAGCAUGUUUUAACAACUUUUCUUUUUCUUACACCUUAUUUAAUGCUCCGUUGUGUGUUUUUAAGUAUUUCUUUUUCUUUUCUUUUUUCUUGUUUUAAAGAAAGGAAAAGCUUGUCACGAUCUUAACUGGCUAUGUUAUUACUGUUAAAUUUAUGUUCUGCAACUUAGAAACCAGCUACCAUAUGGCCCACUUAAUAAACACCUGAAACAAAA